UUAAAACAGUUGUCAACCAGCUUUUGGACAACACAACCCUGUAUGUAAUUAGAAUUUGAAGGAGGAGGGGAAAAAAGUAUGAACAACAGUCUGCUUCAAUUAAUUCCACACAAUUGCAUGUUCUUUAUUGGACAUACCAUGUAGACCUUAUGCAAGUUAGACAAAAUAAGUGAAUGCUGGCCAAGGCUCCUGACUUCACUAAAAGCUAAUCGUAGUCAAGAGUCACCCAGACUUCAAUCAAUGUGAUGACAUUGAACGUCUGUGCCAUCCUCUUGUAGUCAUCUUUCCAGGACGGCCACUCCAGAGGGAAAUUAGCAACAGCGUUGAACUUUCUAGGAGAGAUGCAGUGUGGCUCCGCAUUCCCAAAGUACAUUCAGCUGAAAGUCCACUGACAAAGGACAGUUCUGACACGCCUGGUGAUGGCUCACCAAGGGCCACUCCUCGCCAUCAUCACGACACUUCUCGGCGCCACCUUUGGCGGUCUUCUCGUGUGGCGAGUGCUCAGCACCAAAAAGAAGCGGCCGCCCUCCACCCAGAGGGAAACGCCGCUUCCUGUCGCCGCACAAUCCGCCCGGCGCCCGCCGCAUGAGGAGAUUGAGACGGCAGAGUGUGAGAAGACCUGCGCGGCCCCUGCGGUGUGCAUUCCGUCCUCUGAGAAGCUGCUGGCGGUGAUGCCGGUGACGGUGAGCUCCGCCGAGGAAUGGCGGCAGCUGUGGCCGCCGAUGCGGGAGGACCUGGUGGCGGUCCCGGUACUGGGACUCGACUGCGAAUGGGUGUCAGUGAACGGCCGCGCCCAGGUGGUCUCCUUGCUCCAGCUGGCGUCUUAUUCGGGGCGCUGCCUGCUGGUACGGCUUUUGGCGUUCAACGGCGCGCAGCUUCCGCCGGACCUGGCGGAGGUCCUGCGCGACCCGCGCGUGCUGAAGGCGGGCGUCGGUUGCCACGACGACGGCAAACGCCUGACUCGGGACUUCGGGCUGUCGCUGACAUGCACGGUGGACCUGCGCCACCUCGCCCUGAGACAAAAACAAGUGCCGGUGAGUAACGGACUUGGCCUGAAAUCGCUGGCAGCCGACGUGUUGAAUAUUUCGCUGGACAAGUCGCUGGAACUGCGUUGUAGCGACUGGGAGGCGGACAAGCUGACGCCGGAGCAGAUGACAUACGCCGGCAGGGACGCCCAAGUGUCGGUCGCCCUCUUCUUCCACCUGCUCGGCCUGCGCCCAGAAGCCCACCCCGCUUCAGCCAACGGGCUUUCCUACGCCGCGUUGGCCGCCCGCUGUCAGGGGUUGUUGGACGUGCCCUUCAGGGGUCGCGGGGGCGCCGAAGAAACGGACGAGCACGACGGCGGCGGCGGCACAUCGCGGACGAGACGAAUGCGCAUGCCCCUGAAGGGCACCUCCUCGACCCCUGAGAGCCCAGCGUCUGGAGAUCAGCGAGUCCCAGACCCCAGAAAGAACAACAGAAGGAAACCGCUGGGCGUGGGCUAUUCUGCGAGGAAGUCGCCGCUGUACGACAACUGCUACCUGCACGCCCCUGACGGGCAACCGCUUUGCACGUGCGACAAGAAGAAAGCCAAAUGGUACCUGGACAGAGGAAUAGGAGAGCUCCAGAGUGAGGAUCCGUUUGUGGUGAGGCUUCUGUUUGAGCCGUCGGGACGUCCGGACUCCAAUCAGGACUACUACCUCACGGCCAAGGAGAACCUCUGCGUGGUCUGCGGGAGGGCAGACUCCUACAUCAGGAAGAACAUCGUCCCCCACGAGUACCGGCGGCACUUCCCCAACGAGAUGAAGGAUCACAACUCCCACGACAUCCUGCUGCUGUGCACCAGCUGCCACGCCGCCUCCAACGUGCACGACGCCUCCCUCAAGCAGCAGCUGGCCGACGACUUUGCCGCCCCGCAGGGUUGCGAAGAAGGCGUGCGGACCAUUGAGGACCCGGACCGGCGCCGGGUGCGCUCGGCGGCCCGCGCCCUCCUCACCGCCGGCGAGGGGCUGCCCGAGUGGCGGCGCAACGAACUGCUGGCGCUCAUCAGGAACUUCCUGGACGUGAGCGGCGAGCGAGAGCUGACGGGGGAGGAGCUUCGGCAGGCCGCCUCCUUGGAGACCAGGAUUUCAAACGAGGCGUACGUGCCUCAUGGCCUGAAGGUGGUGCGCGCCUACGCCGAGCGAGGCCCGCGCGGCCUGAUGGAACUGGAGCGGCGCUGGAGGGAGCACUUCCUGUCCUCCAUGCACCCCAAGCACCUUCCCCCGCUUUGGUGCGUGCAACACAACCACCUCAAGCUGCUACGCAAGUACGGAGACGACCUGCCCGUCAAAGUCAACUGAAUGGCAAUCGCCACAUCGCGGUAGGAGUUUGCUUUUUUUUUAAAAAAAGAAGAAAAAAAAGGAAAAAAAGAUGGGACACUAUGAAUUUGUGAAAUUUACAAAGAUUUUUUGUUUUUGUUUUAAUAGACACGCAGCAGCCUGCUCUUAAUCUUGACACAUUGCAGGUUAGCGGCUAAUGCUAACGAGGGUCAUCCUUAAUGUUUCUUGUCGCUCUCGCUCGCUUUUCUUUUCCACGUCUUGCUCAAUAGAUCAAGUUGUUUUUUUUUUUAAAUGUCAUCUUUUUGGAUCCCCUUUUAUUUAUUUGAAGAUGAGGUUUCACAGUGACACGGGGAGCAACGCUUUUUUUUUAGUGCUAAAGUUUCUUGUUGCUCCUUGCCCCGCUUCAUUUCUGCUCGUCAACGUUUCAUCUUUUUGGAUCCCCUUUCAGUUAUUUGGAAAUAAGAUUUUGACCAGCCCUCGCAGUGGAUUUGGGGCUUUUAUUUUGUGCUUCCUUGUCCACUUCCCUCGACUAAUGUCCUUUCAGUCAAUAGGUCAUGUAGCGUGCUUUAAAAAUGUCAAUUUUUUUUUUUUUCCCCCCUCUUUCAACUUUUUCCAAGAUGAAAUUUUGACUGGCGUGUCUGAGUCCGAUGGCGGUGUGGUGACACUGUUCCGCUCUUGAAAAUGUAAACUUUUUGGAUCCCCUUUAAUUUAUUUCCAGGUGAGUUUUGGGGCAAGCGCUGAUAUUAGGGGCGGAGCAACAGGAAUGCUCAAUCCUUAAUCCCCUCUAUUGUCCAUUUCAGUCAAUAGAUCGCGUUGCGCUCUUGGAAAAACUUUUUCUUGGGUUUCCCUGUUUAUUUCCAGAUGAGAUUUUGAGCAACCUAACACAGACGGCGGGGGAGCGACGCUAACAGCUAGCUCGUGCGUAAAAAA